AUGGAAGAGUCUAUCAAUCAGAAUCAUGAAGCUAUGGAAGCACUUAUCUCCAAUCUCUUUGGAAACAUCUCGUCUUUGAAAUCUGCUUAUAUCGAGCUUCAAAGUGCUCAUACUCCUUACGAUCCCGAGAAGAUUCAGGCAGCGGACAAAGUUGUCAAUUCUGAACUCAAGAAUCUUUCCGAAAUGAAGCAUUCUUACAGAGAGAAUAACCCCAAGCCUGUAUGUGUCUCUCCACAAGACUCUCGUUUAGCUGCAGAGAUUCAAGAGCAGCAGAGUUUGUUGAAGACUUAUUAUGAGGUCAUGGUGAAGAAGUUUCAGUCUGAGAUUCAGAACAAGGAUUCUGAGAUCACGCAGAUGCUGCAGAAGAUUGAGGAAGCAAACAAGAAACGGCUUAAGCUUGAGAAGAAUCUUAAGUUAAGAGGAAUGUCUACAAACGAAGGUUCUGGUGGAGAUGGAAAUUUACAGUUUCCUGACUUGACUACUGAACUCUUUGUAUCUACUUACGAAGUUGCUGCUAAAGCUGUGCAUGAUUUCUCCAAGCCGCUAAUCAACAUGAUGAAAGCAGCAGGAUGGGAUCUUGAUUCUGCAGCCAAUUCUAUUGAGCCUGAUGUUGUUUACGCCAAGAGGCCUCACAAGAAAUAUGCAUUUGAAUCAUACAUAUGCCAAAGGAUGUUCAGUGGGUUUCAGCAGAAGAACUUCUCAGUAAACUCAGAGAGUGCUACGGUUAUGGCCGAUGAUGACACAGACACCUUUUUCCGCCAGUUUCUUGCUCUCAAGGACAUGGAUCCACUAGAUGCUCUAGGUACAAACCCUGAUUCCAACGUUCGUUUAUAUGCUUGUCAAAAAGUUUUUGUAAUUGUUGGGCUAACCGUAAUUUGA